AUGAAGACUGUCCAGACUGAGUCGCUCUUGAUUGGUAUUGGACAAUUGACUCAGCAAUGUUUGAAUACUUGUUUACCAGACAUAUGUAUCCCACUUCUCAAGUGUGACGAGGACAGAGAAGCCAGUUCUUCCUUUAAGCAAACUGUUUCUGAUUCCAACCAGUACCGUAUCACAGCAUCGAUCCUAAACUUCUUAAAAUCAAAGUCAAAUAUAACUGCAAUUAUUGCCUGUCUGAGUGCUUCCAAAAUUCAUAAAGCCCCCAAAUCAGGUUUGUCCUGGAUGGAAUUAAUAGGCAACAAGAAAGAAAGUCCACUGGAAAUGGAAUGCAUUGCAAAUGAAUGUGAAUUGCUCCUUUCUGAGUUUCCAGUUCUUCAAAGGUUUUUGUCCACCCUGUCUGUGCCAUUUGUGGAUGACUAUACUGAGGGCAAUGAAUAUAACCGGUCUAUCUGUGGCAAGAUUUGCAGUUCCUUGAUUCUCCUAGGUUUUCACUACCCUGCUGCAAAUGAAGUAAUUAUGGAAGCUUUACAGAAAGCAGUUACUGAGAAGAAUUGGAAAAAGGUUUUGCAGAUUUUAGAUUUGCAUAUUGGUGAACUUGAAGACUUUGCAGGAGUGAAAGACGCUCUCUUGUGCUGUGCUGCUGCUGAAGGUAUGUUGAAUAAUUUGCUAAUUUCAUUAAUACAUGACUCUUGGAGCAUUAUAAAGAUCCAGGUUGAAGAAAUAAAAUUUUGCACACAAAGUUUGUAAUGUUUUGGCAACUUACUUAGGGCACCGAGGUCACUUCCUAUAAUUAAGAGCCGGAAUCUCCUUCCUACUCAGAGCUUCCGUUAAAUGGUCUGAGCCAAGUGCUGCCAUGCAGGGCCAGCUAAUUGACAGAGUGUGUCAGCUGGUUGCCAAACCUAGUUAACCGCAUAAAUCUGGCUCUCAUGGAAGAGUCUAUUUACUGGUGGUGGAGUGGUACGUGCUCCAUUGCUGCUCUAUUUUAAUAGAGUUUUUCAAAUAGGUGAUUUUAAGAGGAAUGGAUCUGAGAAAUGUAUUGUUCACUGUUAGUCGUUCAUGGGAGUUAUAUUAUCAAUUUUACUUAUUUCUAAUAGAGACAGAUGGCUGGAAAUACCUUUUUGUGGUUGAAGACCCUGACUUAAGAAGUAAACUUGCCCUUCACUUUCUUGACAAGUGGCCUCUGGAAGCAUGUCAAGAGAUCCUUGGAUAUUGUUUCUGUGAGCCACACAUUGCCGCUGAUUUGAAACAAGACCUGCAGAACAAAAUAAAGGAACUGGAGAUUUAUCGCAAGGUGUGUCAAUCAUUUUAGAUGGAUGCAUGCUAUAUUCUUUAAAACUGACCUCUAUGAUUGUUCUUGCACUCAUUACUCUACUGGGUUUUAAAUAUUCCUACACAAUUUGAUUCAGUUCCUAAAGAUUAAAGAUGCAUUGAAACAACAAUAUUUUUUUCAUUCUUAAAAUCGCAUACUGCCAUAUAUAAUGGUAUUGGGUUAAAAUUCUUAGAAAAAUGUGACCGACUAAUGUCGGUAGAAUUGUUCACUGAUAUAGAGAUCCACAAAAAUAUGCUUUGAGCAACAUUACAAAAUAUUUACAUAAAUUCAAUACUCAAAGCUUGUGUUCAAGAAAAUACUCAGAAUAGACAAGAACUCAAGUAGCUUGCUCUGUUCCUAAGCAAAUUUAGGACAAGUUAUCCCUUUGAAGAGAGUUCCUGGAUCAUUUGCAUGUCAGAUUGAGGCCUCUUCUAACAGUUCUGUUAGUGAAUGUGUAGUUUGAAUGGCAUUAUCCCAAAGUGUCUGUGGGUUGCUGUAUCUGUAGCCACCUGCUCUCUGUCGGGAUUGCCCUGCUUGAGGUCACUUCCUCAAGCAGGGUAGUUCUUAAUGAUGACAUGGAUUUGCUAACUUCACUGCCAGCACAUCGGUGUCCUUUUGCCCAUAUUCCCCCAGCAAGCAUGAGGCAUGCAUGCUAGAGGGGAAGCAGUCUGGCAGGGAGCAAGAGAACCUCAUAGGGAAGGGUUUGUUUGCUCUCCUUGUCACUCACUCAUUGUAAUUAGAUCCUCUGUUCUGCCAGGUUCUAAUGCUGAGGAUUGAUUAACAUGUGAGCUUUAAAUGGAAAUAUGUACAUUUGCUAACAUUUCUGCUAGCACAAGGCAUGGAAGGAAUUCAUUGCUCUUUAAUCCCACAAGGGGACAGCUUCAGAAGUAAAAGGCCAGCAUUGUAGAAAAUCUGUUAUCUGUCUUUAAGGGGUGGAAAUGACCCAACGUCUGCAUACUAUGGGAGGAUAACUUUAGUCUGUUGACUAUAAUUAUUACUUAGUCUUUUUGUUUAAUGAUAUGGAUAAUUCAACCCCAUUUAGUUCCCUAAGUUGUCACUUUAGGUUGUUUAUUGUUUGAUUAUUUGUUUUGUACAAUCUUUGGGCACUCUGGUGAUUCUCAUUGCUACAGCGUCUCCUUAAGAGUUAUACUGUUCAUAAAUGUUUAACCACAUAAGGGAACACAGAACCUCCAGGCAACAUUAUGACUUAAUUGACAGAAGUCAUUAUGUAGUCCUUUAACUCAAUAAAAAUCCAAUUGCGUAUCUAUUUUUUUUUUUUUUUUGUAAUUUCAUUUGUACAAAAUAACCCCUAAACUUUGAUGUUAUGUAGGAUGGCUCAGUCUAUUAGUGUGAUCCUUAGGAUGUCCCAUAGUUACAAGAUAAUGCAAUGCAAACCAUUUCAAGGAGUGCCAUAAAUGGAAAAUGUUUAAUGUCAAACAUUUUACAUUCUUAACCACUUUAUUUCAGAUUCUCACUCUGAAAGAUGAUGUUUGGGCAAAUUGGCAGGAUUUAAAGAAGAACUGUGUAGACAAUCCACAUACAAUCAUUGCUAUUAUACUGGAAGCUAAGGUAUUGAAUACAACUGUAAUGUCUUUUUCUUUCUUUUUAACACACUGUUUAAAACAGUGAUAUGACAUUCACACCUUUCUAUAACAAUCCUGUGUGAUCCAAAGUUAAAUAGUUUUCAGCAAGAAAACAAAAUUAACAAAGCCUUCCCUCUUAUAUCUGAACUGCUUAUUUUCAUAGCAAUUUCCAGUCUAAAUUAAUCAGGCAGAGAGAAUAUGAAUAUGAAAUCACACCUGGUAGGAUAAAUUGCAAGCCCAGGAAUUAAGCAGAAUCACACAGGAAGUUCCAUUAAGUCAUAUAUUGCAGGCAUCCGGGCACAGUAUGAAUCAGACGGCAUUGAAAUUUACCUCUCUGCAAGUAUUUUGGGAUUCCACAUUAACCGUGUAUCUUCAUAGAGACAAAUAGUACUUCAGUGUUGGCUCAUGAAGUUUAACAAUUGUGGAGUGCUAGACUGUAUUUAGAACUCUAUCUCUUAUCCCGUAACUUCUUGGGCUCUGUUAACUUAAUCCAUGCAAUACAGAGCUUGGCUCAGGAGAGCUAAUGGGGGUUCCUGAGGAACGGCCAGUUCUUAGGAGAUGGUAGUGGAGGCAGGGAGCAGAGCCCAGCUAAGAAUUCAAACUGUUCAGAAACGGUUUCACUCCCUUUAAUGAGGGCUUCACCUGAGCACUCCCGGCACCAUAGCCACUACAGAUUGUCUUGGAUUCUUUCUUAUAAAGCAUAUGAGUUUUGCAUUGUAAAUUAAACACUCAUAACCUUUUGAUUUGUUCCUUUUCAAUUGAAAAAUCCAUUAUAGUUUUAAAUAUUUUGUUGUUUUGCUAAGUGUGUAUCUACAGUGCUAAGUGUGUAAUCUACAGUGUUUUGCUAAGUGUGUAUCUUAGAAUUGUGUAGAAACGUUUUGUAUUUUUUUUUUUUUUUUUCCAACCAUAUUGAUCUAUUUUAUUUGAUUAUUUUGUGUAUUGACAUAUGCUGUUAUAGAUUUAACAGAAGAACAAAAAAAAUACAUCUCUAUGAUUUUUGGGUUUCACUGUAUUUAUUUUUGUCAUAUCAAGUGAUGCUCAAUGUUGUGGAGCACACUGCGGUAUGGCUGAAAGCUAACCAUUCCUGUUCCUACCACAGGACUAUGAGUUAUGUGAGGACUGGAGUCUCUUUUAUCCAAUUCCAACAGAACUAUUAACCAGUCUUCAUCGAGAACACCUCCUGCAUUUAUUGCACAUCAAAGACACUGAAAGAUCCCUACAG